CCGCUAGGAGUCGGCCGAGCUGACUUGAGGAGUGAAGCUCUGAGUUUGUUUAACAUUUCAGCUGGAGCUGCUGACGCUGCACGUGCCUUAGUGGUCCUUGAUGCUCAUUUACAAUAAGUUAUAAUUAAAUCGGUUGCGUAAAAUUCAAAAGUUGUUAAAGGGGCUAAUAUAACUAAACACCAUCAUGUCUACGAUGAUUACAAGGAUAAUAUUGCCAUAAAAUAUUAACUUAACUUACGAACGCUCAAGAAAAACUAACAUUGACUUCUUUUUUGUUGAGCGAGAUCGUCUCUUCAUACACUACACAGAAGGAACUAACCAUGGUGGUUCCAGUGAAGACUGUGGUGAUAUUAGUGGUGGUGGUGAGCGUCGUUCAAGCAGAGUACGUCGACAGUGACAACAUACCCAGGUCCGAGAUAGCCAGCAACAUCCUGCAGCAGAUCCAGAAUCACCUGUCCCGCCCCCCUAGAAGCGCGGAGGGAAGGAUGUACGGCUGUAGCGACUCCUUCAGCGUUUUCGGGUUCCUAGCGUUUCUGCUGGCGCUGCUGGAUCUCAUCCUUGAGCUCCAAGCCAUGAACAAUACAGGGGGAACCAGGCGAAGGAGGGCGGCUGAAGACGACACUGAUCUUACUCUCGGUUGUCAGGAGGACGUGGAGAUGCAGCAAGCCACUUCAGCCAGUUACAGUCUCCUACGAGGAUUCUUGAACGCCUUGGCAACCGACGACCCGGGAUGUGCUAAGAGAUUCCUGUGUGAGGGAGCCGAGGAGGCUGCCGCUGCUGGCCAGCUCGGGGAGGUCGUCGCCAACGUUGCCAGUCAGAACGCUGGAUCGUGGCUCCUGAAAGUGAAUUCGACGCUGUUCGCUGACGUAGGAUCGGCUGGGCAGACAGGGGCGAAGAUGAAGGAUUGUGCCUUCCGCUUUUCCCAGUGCUUCGCCCUCCCUGACUCCUACCGCUACCCAGCUGUGUACCGCGGCCCGCAGCUCCCCUCCCACGUCUACCAGUCCGUUCUAGAUGAGGUCAUGGACGUGGUGAGGGACACUUUGCUAUAGCGGACACUACCAAAACAAGCAAAUCGCAAUCCUUAGAGACCAGGGACGUCAUUGAAGAUGUCACUGUUUUGGGUGCAUACAGUACAUUACAGUUUGGACGUCCCUCUCGGGGCAAUAAAUGCUCUUGUAUCGUCAACAAACCUAAGCAAACAAUAAAUCAUUCUAUUACAUUUAUAGCUAUACCCUCUAAUGACAUCAUGUUUACAGUGGUGAUCUUUUGGUUGAGUUUUGUUACCAAGAAUUUGUUUUUAUUGGUGUAAUGAUAUGGUAUACGAUCGUCCUGAUAAAGGAAUCCAUAUUGAGUCUGGCGAAUGUUGUAGAUGAUUAAAUUCACCAAAUAUGACCAAAUGUAUUAUACCUUUUCCUGGUGAUGAUCCAAUACCAAUAACUCUACCUUUAGGGUAUUUUUUUAAUAUUUAAAAAAAGUAUUGUUUAAUGUUGCUUUAUAGUGUAUCAGUACAUGAAGUAGACAGCAAACAUAAUUUUUAUAACCUAUGUGUGACAGUGACCUAGAAUGUGAUCAAAUGGGACUGACCUAAUCAUUUGUACGCACCUGUAAGAAAUUUUGCAAAAUAAAAUAUUUAUGUAAUA